AUGCCAAACAUCACAACUGAUGCUCCUAAACUGCCCUGGAAUUACAUCGCCAAACUUGUCUGCAUAGGUGAUUCUGGUACCGGCAAAUCCAGCCUAACCAUUCGACUCUGCGAAGGUCGGUUUUCUGCUUCACAUGAUGUCACCAUCGGCGUCGAAUUCGGGUCACGAAUAGUUCCUGUCGGUCCCCCAGCAAAUACGUCCUUAGGAAUUGGCCAGCCUAAUGGACAACAAUGGCCAAAUGGAACACCGGAGCAGAAGAAGAUGAAACUCUCAUUAUGGGAUACAGCAGGUCAAGAAACAUACAAGAGCAUAACAAGAAGUUAUUUUCGGGGCGCAUCUGGAGCUCUGCUGGUCUUUGAUGUUACACGACGUAGCAGUUUCGAAUCAGUCACUGCAUGGCUCAACGACCUGCGACAAAUCGCUGAGGAAGGUAUUGUUGUCAUCUUAGUCGGUAACAAGCUGGAUCUGGCUGAACAAAGCACCGACAUCGAAGGCGGAAGCAAACGCGCAGUCAGCCGGGAAGAGGCCGAAGAUUGGUGUCGGCGCGAAAACGUCGUCAAGUACGUCGAGACGAGCGCAAAAAGUGGUGAAGGCGUGGAAAAAGCAUUCCUUGAGGUGGCCGAAAGGAUAUACCAAAACAUUGAAGCUGGGAAAUAUGACCUGAACGAUCGACGGAGCGGAGUCAAAGGGUAUGGGACAGGCGGUGGUCGAGACAUGCAGGGCAAAGCUCCGAAGACUGUCAACCUUACGAUGAAUGAUGCGGUCAAGAGUGGUCAGGGGCGAAAUUGUUGCUGA